ACCACCAUUAUCAUGACAACGGUGAAAUGCCUGGCUUAACGCUGUUAAUACUUUUUCAACCAAGCCAAAAAAACGUGUGACAAUUGCAGUCAGUUCCGCAUGUGGAUUCAUCCAAACUCUCAACAGGACUCUUUCUCUUCAUUCUAAAUAAAAACCAUUUAUUGCAUUACCCUAUUUGUCCAAACAUCAUUCCAAUUAUCUCCUUCGAAUCUCUCACGGUGUUUGCUUUAUCGUUUCUAAUUCAAUUAUUACAACUUCAAUAGUUUGAUUGCUACAACAGAGGAGGAAUUCAUGGGAAAUCAUCUGUGUUCAUGUUUUUGUACCUCCAAACCAGUGAAACUCGUCAGAUUUAAUGGUGGGCUUGAUAGAAUUGCAGUUAAGAAGGGAAUCAAGGUUGCAGAGGUUAUGAUGGACAAUCCCAAUCAAUUCGUUUGCGAUUUGGGUAAUCUUCAAGCAGGGCAUCGUAUUCAAGCUCUCCCUGCACAUGAAGAAUUGAAGGAAGGAAAUACAUAUGUUCUUCUCCCCAUGCACAGAUUAGGCUCUAUGCCGUCUGACUCGGAGAUGAAGGCCCUUAAUGCUUAUGUUUAUCAUAAGUCAUGCCGAGCACAGAGAAUUGUAUCCUCCAGCUCAAAAAUAGUUCCAUUGGGUGAGGAAGGCCUGGAAAACACAGUGUUGCCAAAGUUUGAAGUAGAUGAGGUCGCCUUAAAACAAUGGGAGGGGUUAAAUAAGGGAGGGUGUAGAUACUGGAAACCUACUCUUCACACAAUAUACGAAUUCCCCACCUCAAAAGUUUGAUUCGAUGUGAGUUGAGAUGUACUUAUACUUGUGUAACACACAGUUUGGAAUGAGAGGUGCUUCUCCA